AUGGACCUGCCCAACUCGGUGCUGCGCCGGCUUGCUCCUCGCGAGGACGAUGCCGGCCAAGAGCUGCUCAAGCUGCUCAAAGACCCCUUCCAGGGUCAACUCGCCGCCGCCUCCUUGUUCUCCGCCCUGGGCAUCUCGCUCGGCUUCACCGCCUUCAUCGCCAUAUGCUUCUCCUUUGUGCGACCCUACAACCAGGCCAUCUACGCCCCCAAGCUCAAGCACGCCGACGAGAAGCAUGCCCCGCCCCCCAUCGGCAAGAAGCCCUGGUCCUGGGUCACGCCCCUGGCAAAGACCAACGAGGCGGCCCUGAUGCAGCAGAUUGGCAUGGACGCCACCAUCUUCCUGCGGUUCAUCCGCAUGUGCCGCAACAUGUUCCUCGUCCUCGCCCUCAUCGGCAUCGGCAUCCUGCUCCCCGUCAACCUGAUAAAGUCGGUCAAGAAGUACGGCGACGGCCCACCCACCGACUGGACCAUUCAAAUCACGCCCCGCGACGUCUACGGCGAAGCCCAGUGGGCUCAGGUCGUCGUUGCCUGGAUCUUCAACGUCGUCAUCAUGGUCUUUUUGUGGUUCAACUACACAAAGGUCCUGCAGCUGCGGAGGCAAUACUUUGAAAGCGAAGAGUACCAAAACAGCCUGCACUCGCGGACUCUGAUGCUCUACGACCUCCCCAAGCAAAGCCGCUCCGACGAAGGCAUCGCCCGCAUCAUCGAUCAGGUUGUGCCCAACUCGUCCUUUGCCCGCACCGCCGUCGCCCGCAACGUCAAGGACCUCCCCGACCUCAUCGACGAGCACAGCCAUGCCGUCCGCAAGCUCGAAAAGAUCCUGGCAAAGUACCUCAGGAACCCCGACAAGCUUCCGCCCGCGCGCCCCCAGUGCAAGCCAUCCAAGAAGGACCGCGCCGUCGACACGUACCCCAAGGGCCAGAAGCUUGACGCCAUCGAGUACUACACGCAGCGCAUCCGCGACCUCGAGGUCGAGAUCAAGGAGGUCCGCGCCUCCGUCGACAAACGGGGCACCAUGCCCUACGGCUUCGCCAGCUACACGGACAUUGCAGAGACCCACAGCAUCGCCCAUGCCUGCGGCAAGAAGAAGAAGAAGACGCAGGGCGCAACCGUCACGCUGGCGCCCCGGCCCGGCGACAUCAUCUGGCGCAACAUGCCCCUGUCCAGCGCCACCCGCAGCCGCCGGAGGUGGAUCAACAACUUCUGGAUCGCCAUCCUGACCUUUCUCUGGGUCGGCCCCAACGCCAUGAUCGCCAUCUUCCUCGUCAACCUGAACAACCUCGGCAAGGUCUGGCCCGCCUUUAGACGAUCCAUGGAUGCAAAUCAAAUCUUCUGGGGCAUGGUCCAGGGUAUCCUGUCGCCCUCGCUCAUGUCGCUCGUCUACCUCGUCCUCCCCAUCAUCUUCCGCCGGCUCUCCAUCCAGGCGGGCGACCAGACCAAGACGGGGCGCGAGAGGCACGUCAUGGCCAAGAUGUACUCCUUCUUCAUCUUCAACAAUCUCAUCGUCUUUUCCUUCUUCAGCACCAUAUGGACCUUUGUCUCCGCCGUCGUCCAGAACACCAGCGAGGGUAAGAACGCCUGGGACGCCAUCCGGACGGCCAAGAUCGCCGACGCCAUCUUCCUGGCCUUUUGCAACAACAGCAUCUUUUGGGUCACGUACCUCUUGCAGCGCCAGCUCGGCGCGGCCAUCGACCUCACCCAGAUCUGGCCCCUGGUUCACGCCUUUUUCCUCAAGAAAUUCUCGAGCCCGACGCCGCGCAAGCUCAUCGAGCUGACGGCCCCGCCACCGUUUGAGUACGCCAGCUACUACAACUACUUUCUCUUCUACUCGACCGUGACGCUCUGCUUUGCCGGCAUUCAACCCCUCGUGCUCCUGGCCACGGCCAUGUACUUUUGCAUCGACUCGUACCUCAAAAAGUACCUCAUCCUCUACCGCUUCGUCACAAAGACGGAGUCGGGAGGCCUGUUCUGGCGCGUGCUCUUCAACCGAUUCGUCCUGGCUACCAUCCUGUCGAAUCUCGUCGUCAUGCUGACGUGCUGGGUGCGCGGCGUGGGAACCCUUACGCAGUUCUACGCCGUCAUCCCCUUGCCCUUUAUCAUGAUCGGAUUCAAGGUCUACUGCCGCCGCGCGUUUGACACCAAGAUACGCUACUACAGCACGCAAAACCCCGGCAAGAUGCAGGAGGCUGUGCUGCAAAAGGAGAACCGGCUCCGCAGCGAGAAGCUGUCAAGCCGGUUCGGCCACCCGGCGCUCUACAAGCCGCUCAUCACGCCCAUGGUGCACUCCAAGGCCCAGAACCUGCUGCCCUCGGUCUAUCGCGGGCGCUUGACGGACGGCAGGGAGGCGGGCGCGGGCGACCUCGUCAGCGUCAGCGGAUACUCGGACAUGUAUGCCCUCGACGCUAUGCAGGGCGGGAGGCCGGGCAAGAGCGCAAACAACGUGCCCGGCUUCGAGUAUGUCUCCGAGUCACGCAUGGACUUCGAGUACUACAAGAACCGGGCCGAGUUUACAGAGCAGCACGGCGGCGGCGAAAUGUACGGGCGGCCCGGCACCCCCGUCUCCGUCGACGAGUUUAGCGACCGCUCCUUGUCCCGGCCGGCGUCGCCCCUGUCCGGGCGGUCGACGCCCUUUUCGCCAGGCGUGCCGCCGCGUCGCAUGAUGACGGGCAUGUCGGACACGAGCUACUCCGGUGGCCGGCCCGCGGCGGCGCCCGGAUACGACCAGUCCGCCCGCGGCCGCCACCCUCUGUAUUCGCAGGACAACGGCAGCGCCUCGGGCCUCGUCAGGCACGCGGCGGGUGUGCCCGUGAGCCACCCCAGCUAUGCGCGGGACGGCUCCGUGGAUCGAGGGCGCUCGAGUCCCGGGCUCGUCUCGGGCAUCACUUCUCCGCCCGUGGGGCCUGGCCCGUCGGUGGGCGCGCUGGGUGGCGGACCACGAGGCUACAGCGGGCUGGCGCAGAACGAGGACGUGGAGAGCCCAGACGUCGACCCGACGCGGUACAGCUACUUUCGAGGGGGGAAUCGGCCGGUGCGACCGCCCGGCGAGGGGUGGUGA